UUGCACAUCAGAAAAAAAUGUCUCCUGCUAACCUUAAUCAAUCUUUGAAAACCACUUUAUGUUUUGCCAUUCAAGAUAAAAUUGGUGCCCUUGAAGACUGUUUGGCUGCCAUUAAAUCCAUGGACAUCUCUCUUACUCGCAUAGAAUCUCGUCCUAGUAAGACCAAAGAAUGGGACUAUGAUUUCUUUGUUGAUUUUGAUGCCAAAGAUGCUCAACAAGUCACCAAUGUAGUUGAAGGUCUUCGCAAGCACACCAAAGAUGUGCGUGUCAUUGGUUCUGACUCUACUACUGGUGACAGUGUACCAUGGUUCCCACGCAAAUUGACAGAUUUGGAUACUUUUGCUGAUAAGGUUUUGGAAAUGGGUGAAGAACUUAGUUCUGAUCAUCCCGGUGCUCAUGAUCCCGUUUACCGUGCUCGUCGUGCAGAAAUUACCCGUAUUGCAAAGACUUACCGUACCGGUCAGCCUGUCCCUGAGAUUGAAUACACCGCCGAGGAAAAUGAAACCUGGGGUAAAGUGUUCCGCAAAUUGACCUCAAUGUACCCCACCCAUGCCUGUCGUGAACACCAAUAUGUCUUGCCUCUUUUGAUCCAAAAUUGUGGCUACAAUGAAAAACAAAUUCCUCAAGUUGAGCAUGUCUCUCGUUUCUUAAAAGACUGUACUGGCUUCACUGUUCGUCCUGUCAUGGGUUUAUUGUCAAGCCGUGAUUUCUUGAACGCUUUUGCUUUCCGUGUCUUUUAUUCAACACAAUACAUUCGCCAUCAUUCAAAGCCUUAUUAUACACCUGAACCUGAUGUUUGUCAUGAAUUAUUAGGCCACGUUCCAUUGUUUGCUGAUCCUGAUUUUGCUGAUUUUUCACAAGAAAUCGGUUUGGCUUCAUUAGGUGCAUCAGACGAAGAUAUUGCAAAGCUUGCUACUAUCUUUUGGUUUACAGUAGAAUUUGGUUUGUGUCGACAAGAUGGAGAAAUUAAAGCAUUUGGUGCAGGCCUACUAAGUUCGUUUGGUGAACUUGAAUAUGCAUUAUCAGAUAAGCCCGAACUUCGACCUUUUGAACCACCCAAGACAGCUGUUCAAAAAUACCCUAUUACUGAAUUCCAACCUGUCUAUUAUGUAGCUGAAUCAUUUAAAGACGCUCAAGAAAAAGUGAGGGACUUUGCAGCCAGCAUGAAUCGACCUUUCUCAGUCAGAUACAAUGCAUUGACUCAAUCCAUUGAAGUAUUGGAUAAUAAGGAAAAGGUGGUUCGAUUUGCAAAGAGCAUAAGAGAUGAUAUGAAGACACUUGCUACUGUGCUCGAAACAUUAUCUUAAUAAUAAAAAUGACUUUUAUUUACAA